AUGGAUGCUCUCGAAAAAGCCGGUUUCGCCUUCUUCAUUCUCAUCACUUGGCUGUUUCAGAAGAUGGAGCUUCACAGCCCUAUGGUUGUGAAGUACAUCCUCGAUGUAUUUUCCUACAUCCCGCACUUCAAUUUCCACUUCAAGCGGGUGAAGCCGAUCUUUAAUUUGGACUUUCGAGGGGAUUACAUUGAGUCUCUCAUCUUGCUCUCGGCUCUAUGUGGGGCAAUCCUGAUCCUUCUGCUUUGCACUUUAGCCACGAUCUGGAUUUGCCAAUGCUGUCGUCGCCACGAUGCGACAGUGAAGUCACGUAGGAAGGUGAAGCGACUCUCCACCGCCCUGUUCGUCAUCUCCGUGUUUUGCUUUGUCUUCCUGGGCUUCACGUUGUUCGCGAAUGAUCAAAUCAAUCGAAGCGUGUCAACGUCGUUGAAUGGACUGGAUGACGUGACACGGUCGUUGACAUUGGCACGUAGCCAGGGCGCCGGAUUGAAUACCACCUGCGGGAAUGCAACCAAUCACAUCAAAGAUCUGAUCGAUGUUGUGGACCGGAAGAGGAAGGAGAAAGGUGUUAACCAAACACUCAUCACAGCGAUUGAUGGGAUGAUGACAAACAUCUCAGACUCAAUGGAAGAUACCAUGGAGAUGCUGCGUCAGCUUGACACCAGCUUUGUUGACAUCGCCUUCCUCAAUAAGGCUCGGGAAUAUGGAGAGAGGAUUGAGUUGGAAAGGUGGCUGCUGCUGGUGAUUGUGCAAUCCGUGCUGCUCUGCGUCUUGUUCGCUGGGGUUAUCUCGUUUUGCAGGCAGUCGAAGAAAGGAGCUGUCAUCUUCUCCUCGCUUGGCAUCGUCGUCUUCGUUGUCGUCUGGCUGCUAACUGCCUUCGUUCUACCAGCCACUGUGGGCCUCUCCGACUUCUGCACCAAUGGCGACGACUACAUCCAAAAAAACGUCAACCAAAAGCUCAUCGACACCCUUAAAUAUUACCAUGAAUGCAAAGCAGCCCCCACCCACGACAAUACCCCGCCGGUACUUGGCUUCAAGAACAUCACUGACAACCUGAACUACAUCCAGUCGACCAAGACCAAGCUCGACUCGUUGCUGGAUGCCGCAUUCAACCGCAGUGAAGAGGUUGCGAACGUUUCGGCUUUAAUUUCUACGGAUACUUCGGCUUCUCUGGUUGGUUAUGGUGCUCUGCAAUCUUCACUGGCUUGCUAUCAAUACAAAAUCGAUGUGAAUGCUAUGCACAAAGGAGUAUGCGAUAGUGCAAUGAUUGGUGCUGGGCUCCUCCUCAUCACCUUGGUACUCCUUGGCAUGAUGCUGUUCAUUCUGCUGAUUGUCGUCUCAAAAACCUGGCAUCUCUUCACUAGGCUCCCGUCUGACUACGUCGAAGUUGAUGAGGAUGAUCCUUUCUUCCCCCGCCAAAAUGACUCCAACAUCCCGGUCGACAUCUAUGGCACCCAUGUUUUCAACCCGAGAACUCGGGAGCGGACGGACCCGAGUACGGGUACUACUUCGGCUAAUACAAAUGGCACCUCUGCUGAUGAGGCUACUCAGCCUUUGUGGAGGGGACCGUCGGCGCCGGUUAAUGGCACCUACCCCCGCAACGUCCUCGGUGAUUAUGGCAAUUACAACCACGAUCGCUACGAACUCCAC